GUAUAAAUUUAGGUCUAAACCUUGUCUUCUAAAAAGUGUAGUAUACUCUAGGGUUUCUAAAGCAAUUAUGGGUUUCAAAAUCAGUUCAUAUUCUCGAACUCAUAUCUUUACAACCCUCCCUUUUUUCCUAUUAACUCUAAUCUUAUUAAAGCAAAAUCCAGUUUUUGAAUCAAAGAAACAAGUUGUGAUAGAAAUAGACAAAAUCAAAAAAGCUUUAUGGGAUUCAGAUUUCAAGAUCAUGUCCUUGAUGUUGGAGAAUAAUCUCCGGUCAGUCAUUCCUAACGGUGAAUUCAAGAACGGCAAAAUCACAUUGCCCGAUCAUGAUACGGUCACUAUAUUCAUUCCUAAUGACAAUGCAACCCACUUUAGUAGAAGGCGAGACCCUAGAGAUUUCGAGCUUCAAGUAGUUACGUCGAGAGUUGAUGAGAAAGCAUUCGAUUCCGGAUUCCUUUCGGAGGGUUCUCAAUUGAGUUACGUUAGUCUUAAUCCGAAUAUUGACACAGAAUCCUUUUUUUUUAAAAGUGACAGAAAACUUAUUGUGCAAAAAUAUGGCAAGAUAAAUCGUGCAAGAAUUACUCAUUGGGAUAUUUAUGAUGAUAGUAGAGUACUUGUUCAUGGGGUCGAUCGUUUCUUUUAUUAUAAAAGUGCAAUCACCGCAUCAAACGAAAAAGAUGCGUCUUUACGGAGUUCAGAUUUCAGGAUGAUCAAGCCACUUUUCUGUGACUUAAAGAAAGGCACUGCCACAUUAUGCAAUUAAAUCCUAUCCCGGGUCAGAAGUGUGAACAGAUCAGGCCAUGAGCUUGCUGGAAAUGCUUUGUCAGUA